UUUUUCAUUUCAUUUUUUUCUCUCUCUCUCUCUGUGUCUUCUUGACCCGUAGUUGUGCCUCGGUCGCUUUAAGACUCGGUUUUCCGCUGUCAGAAACUAAUUUUUCAUUUAAUUUUCUCCGACUCUCACUCCUCUCCAACACUCCACACAACAGUUUCCGCCAUUUUUUCUCGCUUCGCACGUGCGCAUUCUCUCUCACGCGGAAUGCGUGGGGAUUCAGUUACGGCGACACCGUUUCCUUGCUGAUUUCUUCUCCACUGGUUUUCCAGAGAAAGAGCCAAGGCUCAACCAAUCGCAGAGAUGGCGGUCGUCGAGAAGAUCAAGAUUGGCGUCUGCGUGAUGGAAAAGAAGGUGAAAUGUGACUCCGAGGUUUUCUCGGCGCCUAUGGGUCAGAUUUUUGACAGGUUGCAAGCGUUUGGUGAAUUCGAGGUCAUACAUUUUGGGGACAAGGUGAUCCUUGAAGAACCGAUAGAGAGCUGGCCAGUAUGUGAUUGUUUGAUUGCUUUCUAUUCCUCGGGAUAUCCCCUUGAAAAGGCUGAGGCAUAUGCUGCUUUAAGGAAACCUUUUCUAGUAAAUGAACUGGAGCCUCAGCACCUUCUUCAUGAUCGAAGAAAAGUAUACGAGCGUCUUGAAAUGUUUGGAAUCCCUGUUCCAAGAUAUGCCCUUGUAAUUAGGGAAGUCCCGUACCAACAAUUAGAUUACUUUAUUGAGGAAGAAGAUUUUGUUGAGGUUCGUGGCAUGCGGUUUUGGAAGCCAUUUGUGGAGAAGCCUGUUGAUGCUGAUAACCACAGUAUAAUGAUAUAUUAUCCCAGUUCAGCAGGUGGAGGUAUGAAGGAAUUAUUUAGAAAGGUUGGUAAUAGGUCCAGUGAGUUCCACCCAGAAGUGAGAAGAGUGAGGCGUGAAGGAUCCUAUAUUUAUGAGGAAUUUAUGCCAACUGGAGGGACAGAUGUUAAGGUGUAUACAGUAGGUCCUGAAUACGCUCAUGCUGAGGCAAGGAAGUCUCCUGUUGUUGAUGGUGUUGUUAUGAGAAAUCCUGACGGGAAGGAAGUUAGAUAUCCAGUGUUACUGAGUCCUGCUGAGAAGGAAAUGGCAAGAGAGGUUUGCAUUGCAUUCAGGCAAGCGGUUUGUGGAUUUGAUCUCUUGAGAAGUGAGGGACGUUCAUAUGUUUGUGAUGUGAAUGGGUGGAGCUUUGUUAAAAACUCAUACAAGUAUUAUGAUGAUUCUGCCUGUGUGCUGCGGAAGAUGUUGUUAGACGCAAAAGCACCUCAUCUUUCUUCAGCAAUUCCACCAACUUUACCAUGGAAAGUAAAUGAACUGGUCCAACCUUCUGAGGCACUAACUCGUCAGGGUAGUGGAAUUAAUGGCACAUUUGGACAAUCUGAGGAACUGCGUUGUGUAAUUGCUGUUAUUCGUCAUGGUGAUAGAACUCCAAAACAGAAGGUGAAGCUAAAGGUUACUGAGGAAAAGCUGCUGAACUUAAUGUUAAAAUACAAUGGUGGCCGACCCAGAUCUGAGACAAAACUUAAAACUGCUGUUCAGCUGCAAGAUCUGUUAGAUGCCACACGAAUGCUGGUGCCUCGCACUAGACCAGAUCUAGAAAGUGACAGUGAGGCUGAAGAUGUUGAGCAUAGUGAAAAGCUUCGUCAAGUUAAAGCAGUUCUUGAGGAGGGAGGACAUUUCUCUGGCAUAUAUAGGAAAGUUCAACUAAAGCCACUAAAGUGGGACAAAGUGACAAAAGGCAAUGGUGAAGUUGAAGAACGACCUGUUCAAGCUCUUAUGAUUCUUAAAUAUGGUGGUGUUCUUACACAUGCUGGCAGAAAGCAGGCUGAAGAACUGGGGAGAUAUUUCCGGAAUAAAAUGUAUCCAGGAGAAGGUACAGGGCUGCUUCGCCUCCAUAGCACAUACCGUCAUGAUCUCAAGAUUUACAGCUCUGAUGAGGGUCGUGUGCAGAUGUCUGCAGCUGCUUUUGCCAAAGGUCUUCUUGACCUAGAGGGGCAGCUAACUCCAAUCCUGGUUUCCCUUGUUAGCAAGGACUCUUCCAUGUUGGAUGGGCUUGAAAAUGCCAGUAUUGAAAUGGAUGAAGCCAAGGCUCGGUUGAAUGAAAUUAUUACCUCUAAUGCGAAAACAGUUGAUUGCAAUGGAUCACCUGAAUAUCCUGGGACAGUUGAUGGAGCUGGAUUGCCAUCCAAUGCAUCAGAAUUGCUUUCCAAUUUGUGUCAACAGGUAAAGUUGACUAAGAAGGUUACCGAACAAGUAAGACUACUUGCAAAGGAUGAAAAUGAGAAACUUACAGAAAGAAACUUGUAUGAUAUUAUUCCUCCUUAUGACCAAGCAAAAGCACUUGGUAAGACAAAUAUUGACGUUGACCGAAUAGCUGCUGGAUUACCUUGCGGUAGUGAAGGAUUUCUAUUAAUGUAUGCUCGAUGGAAAAAGCUUGAAACAGACUUGUAUAAUGAACGCAAGGAACACGCUGACAAUGCUUUUACUUGCACAGACGCUUUGAUAUCACCCAAAUUCCUGAUGUUUAUGAUUCGUGCAAAUAUGAUCUCUUGCACAACGCACAUCUUAAUCUUGAAGGACUUGAUGAGCUUUUCAAAGUUGCCCAGGUAUGUAGAAAUGCUUGCAGAUGGUGUAAUUCCAAAUGAAUAUGGGAUUAAUCCAAAGCAGAAGCUGAAGAUUGGCUCAAAGAUUGCUCGUCGGUUAUUGGGAAAACUUUUGAUUGAUCUGAGAAACACUCGAGAGGAAGCCAUUAGUGUUGCUGAGCUAAAGAAUAACCAAGCCCAGUCAUUAUCUGUAAAAAUUGAGAAGGAAGAUGCAGAAGCCAAGUCAAAAUUAUUCCAUAAGAACGAUGAAAUAGAUCAAGAUGAUGAUGAUGAUAAAGAGACCAAAUAUCGUUUAGAUCCAAAGUAUGCAAAUGUGAAGACACCUGAGCGUCAUGUGCGAACACGCCUAUACUUCACAUCAGAAUCACAUAUUCAUUCUCUGAUGAAUGUUCUUCGUUAUUGUAAUUUGGAUGAAUCCCUUCAAGGAGAAGAGAGUCUUAUUAGCCAUAAUGCUCUAGAGCGACUAUGUAAAACAAAGGAGCUUGACUAUAUGAGCCACAUUGUGCUUAGGAUGUUUGAGAACACGGAGGUGGCUUUAGAAGAUCCUAAAAGGUACCGCAUAGAGCUGACCUACAGCCGUGGUGCGGAUUUAUCCCCCCUGGAGAAGAAUACUUGUUUACAUCAGGAGCACACAUUGCCUAUCAGGGGUCCAGAGAGGCUGCAAGAAAUAGGAUCAUAUCUUACAUUAGAAACUAUGGAGAAGAUGAUUCGUCCAUUUGCUAUGCCUGCAGAAGACUUUCCUCCAGGAACACCUGCAUCAUUUUCUGGCUAUUUCUCAAAAAGCAUGCUUGAGCGUCUCGUUAACCUUUGGCCUUUCCAUAAACACCCCAGUUCUAAUGGAAGAUAAAAUUACCUUUAUUUAAAUUUCAUUUCAUUUGUUUUAGUUGUUCUACCCUUGCUCCCUCUCCCAUUAGAACAACUAUAAAUAAAUAAAAUUUAAAUACAAACUAAUUACGGUUAAUUCUUGAUUAUCCAGAGCGAGCUUUGGAGAAAAUUUUGGAACAUCUAGCAACCCAACAAUAAUGUUGCAAGUAGUAAAAAGUAGCCUUUAGUAAUUUAGUAAUAAGAUACACUUGCUUCCCAGUCUUUCAAUUAUUAUUAUUGAAGUAAAUAAUAUGUAUUAACAGUACAUCUUAUCGUUAUGUAUAGUAUAUUUGUUCUACCUUAAAUAUCAUAUUGUCAUAUUAAUGAUAAUUGGUUAAUCUAAAUUAAUACAUUACUAGUAUUUAAUAAUGUGAUUAUUUUAGAUUAAUUGAAGAACAUAGUCUGAUCGGCAAUGGUAUGUACUCCUGACUCCUGAGCCUACAAUUACAAAUUUACGAUCAAUACGUCAAUGCUAAUCGUGAAAUCAAACGGCGUGUGGAACUGUUUUGGAUCUAUGUAUCAAUUCAUGGGCCAGAAAGAACGAAAACUAGUGUAUAUAUUUCUCAUAAAUAAGACGAGCAUGUCAUAUCUUGUGAAAAUUUAAUUUUAGAACAGAAAAAAUCAUUCAAAAUGAUUUAUAAACUCCUAGAAGUUUAAUUUUGCCAAGUCUUUUUCAAAUCACUUCAAAAAAAUUUAAUUUGAAAGAGGGUUCAAUAUGUUCCGGAAUCAAUUUGUUAAAAGAGAAUUUAACACAUGUCAAUUAAGUUUUCAGAUGUGAUUAAUAAGCUAGAUCGAAAUAAAAUUCCGAAAGUAAUUUAUAAAACUUUCAAGAUUAAGCAAUUUAGAAAUGAAAAAAAUAAGCAGUGAUUUCUUUUAAAAAUAAAAAUAAAAUAAAUAAAAAAUUAAAAAAAGAAACUGGUACAAAAGUAUAAUCCUGUGGGCUAUGAAGUGCGAAGCAGUUGCAACUUGUAGGCCUAGUAUAUAAACGAAAUACCCUUAAUAUGAUGAUUCGGCCUAAGCAAUGGUGCAAAUUGUCUUUCCGUAGGUUGCCUUCUGAACUUAACAUGGAUCUUAUACAAAAGCUGCUUAGAACUUGUAUAAAACCAAAAGAAUUAAAA